CCCCUGUGUUAGAAUGCCCAAUGAACAUCGUCGCACCCACCGAUCCUGGGCAGGACUUUGCUACAGUGACGUGGAAUUCACCCAACGUGACAGACAACUCUGGGGAAUUGAUCUCACCAACUCUAAGCCACGUGUCUGGUUCUACAUUUCCUCUUGGUAUAACCACGGUGGAUGUUAACGCAACUGACUCCAGCUCAAACAUUGGUUCUUGCUUCUUCACCAUCGAUGUUCAAGACAGCCAAGCUCCCAUUGUAGAAUGCCCAAUGAAUAUCGUCACAGGCACAGACAGAGGACAGGAUUUUGCUACCGUGAUGUGGUACGCACCCAACGUGACUGAUAACUCCGGUGAAUCAAUUACUGCUAUUCUAAGCCAUGUAUCAGGGUCGACAUUUCCUCUUGGUAUGACAACAGUGAGCGUUGAUGCUACUGACUCUAGUGGAAGGACAGGGUCUUGUUCCUUCACUGUCACCGUUCUAGAUGGCGAAUCUCCAAGCAUUACUUGUCCAGCCAACCAGACAGUUGCCAUGGAUAGCGGCAAGAACUUCGCCACAGUUGUGUUACCAUCCCCAGCCUCUUCCUUUGACAACUCCGGUGUUUACACCGUCACCAUUGAUGUAGAUAAGAGAUUUUAUUUCGUCAACGACAUUGUCUCCUUUGACCUUGCAGCAUCUCCACAUUUAGUGCAGUAUACUGCCACUGACGAUGCUGGUAAUAGCGCCAGAUGUGAUAUGUACAUCAUCGUGUGCGAUAUCGAUGAUUGUGAUCCCAACCCUUGUCUGAAUGGAGGAACGAAGUCUGAUGGCGUUGAUAGCUACACAUGCACAUGUGCACCAGGAUAUACAGAUAGCAACUGCACAACAGACAUUGAUGACUGUUUCCCUGAUCCCUGUUUGAACAACGGAACCUGCUCAGAUGGUGUCAACGGCUUCACUUGUGAAUGUGCUGAAGGAUUCGAAGGACAAAAUUGUUCAACAAACAUUGAUGACUGUCAUUCACAAGUUUGUUUUAAUGGGGGAACCUGUAUAGACGGUAUCGGCGGAUACACCUGUGAAUGUGUUGCAGGAUUUGAAGGGGACGAUUGCUUUACAAAUAUCGAUGAUUGUGAUCCCCACCCUUGUUUGAAUGGAGGGACAUGUUCCGAUGCUCUUAAUGGCUACACAUGUACAUGUGCACCAGGAUAUACAGAUAUUAACUGCUCAAAAGAAAUUGACGAAUGCAAUCCUAACCCCUGCAUGAACGGAGGAGUGUGUACUGAUGGCAUCAAUGACUACACAUGCACCUGUGCCCCGGGAUACACUGAUGAUAACUGCACAACGGACAUCGAUGAUUGUGAUCCCAACCCUUGUCUGAAUGGAGGAACGUGUUCUGAUGGCGUUGAUAGCUACACAUGCACAUGUGCACCAGGAUAUAUAGAUAGCAACUGCACAACAGACAUUGAUUACUGUUUCCCUGAUCCCUGUUUGAACAACGGAACCUGCUCAGAUGGUGUCAAUGGCUUCACUUGUGAAUGUCCUGAAGGAUUCGAAGGACAAAAUUGUUCAACAAACAUUGAUGACUGUCAUUCACAAGUUUGUUUUAAUGGGGGAACCUGUAUAGACGGUAUCGGCGGAUACACCUGUGAAUGUGUUGCAGGAUUUGAAGGGGACGAUUGCUUUACAAAUAUCGAUGAUUGUGAUCCCCACCCUUGUUUGAAUGGAGGGACAUGUUCCGAUGCUCUUAAUGGCUACACAUGCACAUGUGCACCAGGAUAUACAGAUAUUAACUGCUCAAAAGAAAUUGACGAAUGCAAUCCUAACCCCUGCAUGAACGGAGGAGUGUGUACUGAUGGCAUCAAUGACUACACAUGCACCUGUGCCCCGGGAUACACUGAUGAUAACUGCACAACAGACAUCGAUGAUUGUGAUCCCAACCCUUGUCUGAAUGGAGGAACGUGUUCUGAUGGCGUUGAUAGCUACACAUGCACAUGUGCACCAGGAUAUAUAGAUAGCAACUGCACAAUAGACAUUGAUGACUGUUUCCCUGAUCCCUGCUUGAACAACGGAACCUGCUCAGAUGGUGUCAAUGGCUUCACUUGUGAAUGUGCUGAAGGAUUCGAAGGACAAAAUUGUUCAACAAACAUUGAUGACUGUCAUUCACAAGUUUGUUUUAAUGGGGGAACCUGUAUAGACGGUAUCGGCGGAUACACCUGUGAAUGUGUUGCAGGAUUUGAAGGGGACGAUUGCUUUACAAAUAUCGAUGAUUGUGAUCCCCACCCUUGUUUUAAUGGAGGGACAUGUUCUGAUGCUCUUAAUGGCUACACAUGCACAUGUGCACCAGGAUAUACAGAUAUUAACUGCUCAAAAGAAAUUGACGAAUGCAAUCCUAACCCCUGCAUGAACGGAGGAGUGUGUACUGAUGGCAUCAAUGACUACACAUGCACCUGUGCCCCGGGAUACACUGAUGAUAACUGCACAACAGACAUCGAUGAUUGUGAUCCCAACCCUUGUCUGAAUGGAGGAACGUGUUCUGAUGGCGUUGAUAGCUACACAUGCACAUGUGCACCAGGAUAUAUAGAUAGCAACUGCACAACAGACAUUGAUGACUGUUUCCCUGAUCCCUGUUUGAACAAUGGAACCUGCUCAGAUGGUGUCAAUGGCUUCACAUGUGAAUGUGCUGAAGGAUUCGAAGGGCGAAAUUGUUCAACAAACAUAGAUGACUGUCAUGCACAAGCUUGUUUUAACGAGGGAACCUGUAUAGACGGUAUCAACGGAUACACCUGUGAAUGUCUUGCAGGAUUUGAAGGGCGUGAUUGCUUAGCAAACAUUGACGACUGUGAUCCAGAUCCCUGUAUGAAUGGCGCCACCUGUUCCGAUGGCAUUAACAGGUUCACCUGUGCAUGCGCUGAAGGAUUCAGUGGAGAGAAUUGCUCAAUAAAUAUUGAUGACUGUAAUCCUAAUCCGUGUAUGAAUGAUGGAACCUGCAUUGAUGGUACCAGCAGCUUUGUAUGUGAAUGUGCGAAAGGAUUUGAGGGAAAGGACUGUGAAAUAAGUAAGUUGAUCCAUAAAACAUAAUAUGAUUUUAAAUAUUUUUGAAGUAGGUUACCUGAAACCAUAUGAACGAGUGACAAAAGAAGCAAAGUUUAACAUAAGAAAAUAACUUUUGGAAGUCAGAAAACCUUCUGCAGGUUGCAACUCAACAGAGAAAUGAAUUGGGUCCCCUUUACCUAGUUUACCCUAAAAUUUCGAAAACAAGAAAUUUAACAACUAACAUACCAGGGACAAACAAAUAGAUUAACCCUUGAAGCC